CGGGAAAUAUUUUGUAUUAGCAAAGAAAAUGAAUAUUAAAGUUUAAAUUCUCCAAGUCGCGCGAAAAACGCUAUUUAGAAAAUGGCGACGAUCACAUGACGUCGAUGACGUCACUGGCAAGUAAACAAAGUUACAAUCAAAAGAGCUAAGCUGUUUUUCCGUGGUUUUUCUUUAAUUAAUCCGUGAUAAUGGUGUAUAAAUGGUGUGCAGUGCCAGAAUGUAAAAAUACGUCUUUAAAAACUCCAGAAAAAAUAUUCGUUUCUGUUCCAACUAAUCCCAAAAGACGAAAAAUGUGGUUACAAUUAGCUCGAAGAGACCCAAAGAGCGUUUUAUCGCAUUCAAACAUUUUUAUGUGUGAAGAUCACUUUGAUAUAGAAAAAGAUACAACAAACUACUUGAAAUACAAAAUGGGCUUCAGUCAGAAGAUAUUUUUGACAGAUAAGGCUGUACCGACAAAAUUUCAUUGUCAAGAGGAUCGCAAGAGACGACUGUCCCCUCAAGCUGGACCUUCUCGAGAUACGUCCCUUAAAAGGCAAAGAAAAAGUCUUGUUGCGGAAUGUUUGGAAAGUCAAAGCACUACUGAAACGGAUGUUGAAAGUAUGAAUCAACAACAUGACAGUAUUAUAGUACAAGAUACUGUUAUGCUGGAAGAAAUACCAAAAACUCUAGACAAAGAAACUUCUACUGAAACUGUAGUAACUGUUGAAAAAUCUGUUCAAGUAACAACGAAAGUGACUAAACAUUUUAGGAGCAAAGCUGUGCAAGUACGAUCACAAAAUAAAAGUAUUUCUACCUCACCGUCCAAAGUGUGUACAACAUCCAGUUUCACUUCACCCUUGAAAAUUGAACCAUGUCGUCUUCAUCCAUCACACUCAGGAGCUGUUAACGCAGUGAAGAAAAAGAUUAUCCUUGAAGAUGAAAGAUCAGACAGUGAAAUAUCUUGUUUGGAAAGUGGCCAUUUGUCUCCUUUUGUACUUACAUCUACAUCAUCAUCAUCAAAAGUGACUGACUCUGAGAGUUUUGCCACCGAGACUGAAGAUAUGGAAAAAAUGCAGUGCCUUAAAAAUACUAUGCGUUUGAUUGAAAACAAACCUACAAUGUAUAUUGGUAUUUCCAAAGACUGUUAUUUUUUGAUUCAGUUAAUUCAUAAGCACACUAAUAUAAAAAUUGAACAUAUUUUACUUUGUUUAAAGAAAAUUAGACUAAAUAGCACAUUUUCAGAAUUAGAAGAUAAUUUUGGAAUAUCUCUAUCAUAUGCAAGUAAAAUAUUUUUGUCUAAUAUCCCAAUAUUAAGUAGUGUAUUAAACAAAUUUAUUGUUGCUUUAGACAAAAAAAAACAUAAAAAAGAAUCUCCCAAUUGCAUUCAGGCACAAUUAUUACAAUGUCAGUUGUAUCAUUGAUU